AUGGUGAAUCUCACCGCUGAAGAUGAAUUGCAGAAUAUUUAUGAGAACUUGAUAACGUAAGUUGUAUUAAAUCAUCUCAUUCAACUCUUUGUAUAUUUUCAGAGCUUUUGAGAAUGUGCAAAUGGUGAAAAAAGCGGAAAAUUGGAAAGAUGAGAGAAUUUUGGAGUUGGAGGCUGAAAAUAAGAAGUUGAAUGAUUGGAUUCGAGACGAGAAAUUGAAGAAGAUUGAGAGGAUUUUGAAGAUUGAUUAUAAUGAUUUGAUCGACACUUUGAGCUCGAAUUUGAACAGGUUUGCAUCGAAAUUCUCACAGAUAACCCCAAAAAUGUUUUAA